UCAAGAUGGUGGGAAAAUAAAGCAAUUUUAGAAAGGAUUAUAAAGAUUCAGUACUAUUUAAAGCUUUCACGCAAGGAAAUUACAUAUUACGCAACACUAAUUAGGUGGAUAAUCCACCGCGUAUUCUUUUUGAUGAUUUAGUAGUAAAUCUUCUUGUAAAAGUGAAAAAUGGCGAGUGAUAUGCUGCGGUUAUCAACUGCUGCUCAGAUCAUCAACGAAGAGGAUGAAGCUGCUGAACGGGAAUCAAAUGUGUCAACAUAUGACAAGGUUGUUGAUUUAUUGAAUCAAGCAUCUUUGUUACCGAGAGAUUCAGACAAAAUACGGAAUUUAAGACAGGUUCAAGAACUUAUAAUUCACAAAGAUCCAACUUUACUUGAUAAUUUUCUUGAUGAAAUGAUAGCUUUUAUUAGUGAUCGUUCUGUAGAUGUUAAGAAAUUUGUUACAGGAUUUUUCGAAGAAGCCUGUAAAAAAGAUAAAGAAGUAUUAUCUAAAGUUUUACCAUGUUUUGGUAUAUUAUUAGCUGAUGAUAAUGUUAAUGUAAAGAAGAAGGUUAUAUUAACAUUGACUAAUGUCUUUAAAUAUAUUAUACAGUGGUUAAGCAAAGCUAAGACAACUACACCAGAGAUGACGGCAGUAUGGGAUAACAUACAUAAAAUUAAACAACAAGUGUUUGAACUGUUAGAGUCGAAUAAUGAUGGUAUACGUACCCAUGUUGUCAAGUUUCUUGAAGGUGUUGUUUUAGUGUUAUCUAAAAGAUCUACAGAUUCCUUGAUACCGAAAAACCAAGAAGAGGACAUAACUCUUGAUCAGAUUCAAGAUGGUAAUAAAUAUCUAAAGAUCAAGAAACUUGAUGAAGAUGGACAGAAUACAUUUGUUAUGUUAUUGCAAUUCCAAGCAUCUCCUCACAUAUCUAGUAUAAAUUUAAUGACAGUAAUGGGGGCGUUAACCAAUAUAGCCAAACAGAGACCAAUAUUUCUAGAUCAAGUUGUACAAGGGUUAGAAGCUCUACAUGUAAAUUUACCCCCGACCUUGGCUAAAUCACAAGUAAACAGUGUUCGUAAAAAUCUCAAGAUGCAGAUGUUAGCGUUAUUAAAACAUCCUGCUUCCGUAGAUCACCUGACACAGAUUACUACACUACUUACAGAUUUAGGAGCUAGUCAGUCAGAGAUUAACAGAAAUAUGCCUAAAAUGGAUGAAAGUAGAAAAAGGAAAUUAGAACAAUCUUCAUCCUCAAGUAAAAAAGCUAAAAUUGAGAUUGAUUUAGAUGAUGAUGAUGUGGGUAUGACACCAUUUGUACCUCAAGGUGAGAAACGACCGACAUCCGUAUCACAGAGACAGACGGCUAUAGAUAUUACAGCUGAAGAUAUUUUACCCAAACUAAACUCACAAAAUGUAGCUGACUUAGUUUUACUCAGCAUGGUGAUGUUACCAGAUACAAUGCCAGCUCAGUUUGAGUCAACUUAUACACCUAUAGCAGCUGCUGGUACCGACGCUCAAAUAGCUCAUUUAGCUCGACUACUUGCCACACAGUUAACUAUGGCAGGAUUCGGUAAAGGCCUUGGUGAAUUACAGAGAAAGUUUUUGGAAGAGGGUGUUGUAGAUGAUGGAAGUACUACUCCCAUGAUAGAUGUCAGUUUACCCUCACCAAAACAACUUAUUCAAACUCUUGUUGGAGGUACAACAAAAUUAGACAGUUUUUAUGAUAAACCAACAACAUCUACAUUUAUACCACCAACUUUACCAGCAGUCCCUCAAAAACUAAGGCAGUUCAAAUUAUCCAACAUAACCAGUCCCCUAGAAAAAGAAGAGUUAGACGCCAUGACAGUUUCUACGAUGAAGAGAGUUCUGAAUGCAGAGAAGAUAGCACAUAAUAAUAACUUGGGUUCAGUCAGAGUAAAGAUAUUAGCUACUUUAACAGCUCAGUUUGGUGGUGGUCUCAAAGAAAUGUUACAGAAUUUUAUAUUUGAUGAUUUAAAGAAUCGAUCUGAUAUAGCAUUUGCUUGGUUAUAUCAGGAAUAUGCUAAUUGUCAGGGUUUUAGUGUGGCUAAUCCUCAGAAAGAUAAACAAAGUCUUGCUAGUUAUGAUGAAUGUCUCACUCGACUGUUAAAGAUGUUAUUAGAGAGACCCGACCAGAAAGAUGGGUUGUUUAGUCGACUUAUAUUAGAAGCACCUGUUGUAACAGAUAAUGCUGUAGAAAUGUUGAGACGAUAUUGUUCUAAUGAGAAUCAUCUAGAAAGUGGAAUGGAGACAUUAAAGAAGUUAAUAUUAAUGAGACCAAAUCAUAGAUUACAUUUUCUCGAUGUUCUCCUGGAAUUUACUGGCAAUGAAAAUGUGGAGGUGAGGAAUAAUGCUAUAACUAUAACCAAGUCUUUAUUGGGUAAACUUAAACUACAAGAAGCAAUAGAGAGAUAUGCUUUAGGUAAUUUACAGAAAUUGCUUUUACCUAAAGCUGAAGUUGGUGCUGAUGGCCGUGUUAAAGAUGUUCAAGUUAACUGGACUGAAGAUUUUAUAAAGAUGCAUCUAUACUUAUAUCUAGGAUUGUUGCCAAUGAACCAUAAACUUAUACACGAGUUAUCUAAUGUUUAUACAGCCACAUCAGCUGAUGUAAAGAGAGCUAUAUUACGUAUGUUAGAAAUUCCUGUAAAAGGUAUGGGAAUGGAAUCACCAGAGUUAUUAACAAUGGUAGAAAACUGUCCUAAAGGUGCUGAAACUCUAGUUAUGAGAGUUAUACAUAUUCUUACUGAUAAAUGUGCUCCAUCACCAGAGUUAGUAGAAAGAAUUCGUGAUUUAUAUCAUAAACGUGUACCUGAUGUUCGAUUCCUCAUACCUGUACUCACUGGUCUAACUAAGAAAGAAGUAACAGGUGCUCUACCGAAACUCAUCAAAUUAAAUCCUAUUGUUGUUAAAGAGGUUUUUCAUAGACUGAUGGGUGGACAUGGUGACACGGCUGUUUCUUACACCUCCCCACUGACACCAGCAGAGUUAUUGGUAGCAUUACAUAAUAUAGAUCCUUCUAAAUGUGAUAUGAAAACUGUUAUAAAAGCUGCUAACCUGUGUUUUAGUGAGAAGACUAUAUAUACGACAGAAGUUUUAGCUAUAGCCAUGCAACAGUUAAUGGAGAUUAAUCCAUUACCUACGUUAUUAAUGAGAACAGUAUUACAAUCAUUAUCAAUGUAUCCUAGAUUAACAGGAUUUGUGAUGAAUAUCUUACAACGAUUAAUUACCAAACAGGUAUGGAAACAACAGAAAGUAUGGGAAGGAUUUAUAAAAUGUUGUCAGAGAACAAAACCUCAAUCAUUCCAAGUUUUAUUACAACUACCACCGGCUCAGUUACAAAGUGUAUUUGAUAUUACACCAGAUCUACGAGCUCCAUUAUUUGAACAUGUUCAAUCUCUUACUCCACAUCAGCAAGCACAUAUACCAAAAUCAAUAAUGACUGUAUUAGAAAAAGAUCCUCACGAAGAAGAGCGAAAAGUAGAGGAGGAACGUCUCCGUGUGGAAAAACUGAAUGCAGAAAAAUUGCAGCUUGAGAAAGAAAUGGCAAAUAGAGAGAAGGCCGAACGAAUGAGGUUAGAAAAAGAAAAGGCAGAGAAAGAGAAGGCCGAACGAGUGAAAUUAGAAAAAGAAAGAGCUGAGAAGGAAAGGCAAGUGGCAGCGAGGAAGGCAGCUGAAGAAGCCAAGAAAAAGGCAGAGGAAGAUGCCAAACGAAGAGCCGAAGAGAAAAUUGCUCAAGAGAGGAAAGAGGCCAAAGCAAAAGCGGAAAGGGAAGAAAGGGCAAAGGCUGAGGCAGAGGCCAAGAGAAAAAUGGUAAGGGAUGCAAUAGCCAAGGCAGAAGCAAGAGCAAAGGAAAUGAAGGCAGAACAAGAAGCCAAAGCACAACAGGAGGCAGAAGCAAGAGAAAAAGAAGAAAAGGAAGCCAAAACUAUGGCAGACACUGACGCCAAAGCUAAGGCAGAUGCUGAAGCAAAGGCAAAGGCAGAGGCUGAUGCCAAGGCAGAGGCUGAUGCCAAGGCAAAAGCAGAGGCCGAUGCCAAAGCAAAGGCAGAGGCCCAUGCCAAAGCAAAGGCAGAUGCUGAUGCCAAAGCAAAGGCAGAGGCGGAUGCAAAAGCUAAGGAAGAGGCUGAUGCAAAAGCUAAGGAAGAGGCUGAUGCAAAAGCUAAGGAAGAGGCUGAUGCAAAAGCUAAGGCGGAAGAGGCUGAUGCAAAGGCUGCCCAGGUGCAGGCAGAGCAGGCAGCUCAGAAAGCCCAAGAAGCGGAAGAAGCCAAACUUAAAGCUGCAGGGGAUGAAGCUCCAGAAAGUCCAGAUGAAACCAAAUUACUCAUCCAUACGGAAGAUGAUCCAGUAGAAAAGGUUGCUGAUGAGGUAGACACCCCCCAAGGGUCACAAGAUGAGAGCGAGGAAGGUGCAGAUGUAUCUAUGGACAGUCAAGAAGAAGAUCUAGAUUCUUCCACAGCAAAUCAAGAAGAAGCAGAAGCAGAUGGUGAAACUAGUGGUAAAAAGCCCACCAGAGGAAGAGGUAGAGGGCGUGGGAGAGGUCGUCCCAGGGGAAAGGGCAAGAGUAAAGCCAAGAAGAAAUAAUGAAUGUGUUUAUAUUAUGUAUGUAAAUAAACUAGUGCUAGACAAUCAUUCUUCAUUAUUCAUUGACAUUUGCAGAGGUCCGCAGGCAUAGCUGAAAGUUCCCAUAGACAGUAUUUGUGUAGGAAUUAGUCUCUGCAAUAUACACUGGACUGCUGGCUUUAAGUCUACCACAGUUAUGUAGGAGUUAGUGUCUGCAUUAAACUAUACACUGAAUUGCUAGCUUUAAGUCUACAGGUGGAAAGGAUACAUGGUACUGGAAUAUUGUAUUAAAAAUAGGUGACAUUGUUUAAGUUUUAAAAUGACCAAAGGAAUAUGUUGUUGAGAUGUUAAAAGAGACCUCCCAGAUAUAUAUAUUUAGUCAAUCAGAUGAGUUAAUUCUGUGUGAAAUAUUCUUAGAAACCUGGGACUACUCCUUCAAACAUAAUUCCAUUUUUGUCACCCACUUCAGUGGUUUAUAAUCUUGGCUACAUUAAUUGAAACCAGCAAAAUGACCAGUCCUCAUUUGAUGGCAUCAAAUCUGAAUCCCUAUUUUACACUGAAAUUGGUGUCAACUUUAUAUUGAAAACCUCAAUACAUGUACAUUUUAUGAAGACAUUGUUUCUUAUGUCGAAAUUCUGUGUAUAAUGACAUCAGAUGAUUUGUUUUCUUUGAUAAAUCAAAAUAUAUAUAUAUACGAUUUUAUAAAUUAGUUUUUAUAAGGAUGUGUUUACACUGUAUGGUCAGAUAACGAUAACUAAAUCUAAACCUGUAAAAUAGCAUUUUUAUAUGUUUUUGUUUUGACACUGUCACGUUGUUACAUCCAUGUAUAUAUAUAUAUAGAUCAGAUCAUUGUAAAUAUAUGUAAAUAAAUCAUAUAUUUGUAAAUGUUGCCUUCUAGAUAGGAAAUGUAAAUAUAUUUGAACAGUCAUGGUUAUAUGCAAUCUCCCAAACAGAGUUGUCUUCCCUUGCAGUAUAAUGUAGGAUUCGGCAGUUCUGAUGUGCUAUUUUGAUUAGAGAUGAGACAAGAUUUGUAGGAUUAAAUUUGAAAGAUAAAACAGUUAUUGGUUUGUUACUAGUUUUAUUUUGUUUUUGGCUAAAUGAAUAAAGAGAGAGAGGUUGUAACCAAGAUACAAUGUUAUUAAUUAGUAAUGUACAUUUUAUUUUGCGGACAGCAUUAAAGAGAUAUUAUCGGAUCUGAUAGGUUUCUGUUAAACUUACUGUUUACUAGGAUUGUAAACUUAACCAGGUUCAGUUGUUUAUCUAUGUGGCAAUGUGUUUUGUGAUUUGGGGAAACUUUCAUAUUUGCUGUAUUUAUUUAAAAAAAAAAAAUUAACUUAUGCUUUCAUUUAAAAUUUAAAAUAUCCUAUUUGGUUGUUGAGCUAUUUUGCCAUCAUGAUUAUAUUCAGUUCAUUUGUAAUUAUUGUACAUUUGACAUACAUUGUAUUUAUAAGAACAUGAUUUGCAGUUUGAAACUCAAUCACAUAAUUAAUGUGGGAAACACUUUUUGUAGAUUGACAUUAAAUGUAAUGAUGAAAACAA